UUACACUAGCGGAACUUUGGUCCCAAGAAGCGUAAGCUAACGUCCUAAGAAACGUAACCUAAGUCGAGCGGUUAAUCUUCAAAGGGAAUUGACGUAAACCCAAGAGAUGGAAAAUUUUAACUCCGAACCUAUGAGAUGAAAGCUUUGGCCAAUCACAGACUUACAAACUAUCACGAGGGUUUUGUUGAUGCUUUAAGCGAAAAACAUGGCUGAAAAUUUGAUUACGUCUGACUGCAAAUUAAUUGCAGAAGUACGACAACAUCCGAUUUUAUGGGAUAAUAGAAAAAAAGAAUAUCGAAUGAAAAGAGGACAAGACGUUGCUUGGCUACUGGUUGCCGAAAGACUGAACCGAGAUGUUGAAGAGGUUACUUACCGGUGGCAGAAUCUGCGUAAGCAAUAUAGCCGAAGAAAAACAAAAUGCAAAAGUGGAGCUAGUGCAGAGUCUGCAGAGCAGCAAUGGCAUCUGAUGCCCCAAAUGUCAUUUUUGGAUCCAUGUAUCCGCCAUCGAAGGACACAGGCAAACUUUCAAGGAAACAAAGAAUUCGAGGAGCUUAAUUUCACAGUAGAAUCUGUUGUCUCCGAGUCUUCAGAUAAUAUUGAAUAUCCGACAGAACCUGAAUAUGUGGAGCCAUCUGUUAUUCACGUUAUGCCCUCAUGUGAAUCACCUUUAUCACCUGCAUCAAGCUCCAGACAAAUCUUAGAUAACACUAAUUCAAAUAAUAAUGAUGAAAAUACUCCUAGAGGGAAGAAAAGAAAAAAGAAAGAAACAGUUGAAAGUUCAUUGCUUUCUGUUAUUGAUGAAACAAGUAAAUAUUUAAAAAAUCACCAUCGAUGUGAAAAUGAUGAUGACGAUGAUGAUAAUUUAUUUUUAUUGAGUCUCCAUAGUGAUUUGAAAAAAAUGACCGAUGAAAAAAAAUUGGAAACGAAAAUACAAUUUUUACAAAUUAUGGCAAGAAAUAAAUGAAAUUAUUUGUACAU